ACCGAACGCAACCAAACGGCAACAAAGCUGAUCGGCGGCAGUCGACUUCGCGCAUCGGUCGGUUGAGGGUGCUCGGAGACAUUGUUUGUGCUUCAGAAAACCAGGACAGAAAUCGUUUAGAUUUCGGACCUACCGGAUUCCCCGCAGUCUGUUGUGUAAGAUCUGAUCAUCUAGCAGCUGCUGUAAAAGAAGAAAUUGGUUUUUUCGGGCUUCUAACUCGGCACAGGGCGUUGCCAUCUGGUGGUAACGCGCAUGCGCGCGUGCGAAGUCGUCGAAUGCAACUUCCCAGACAGAGAAGUAAAAACCAACGUAAACAGAGCCGCGUGGGAUCGCGAGUUGUGCGAGUUGUGCUGUAGGCUGCCGGCGGGUGCACGUGUGCGGGGAGUUCGUGAUUGGUAGGAACUGAAAAUAUUUGAUGAGCUGACCAAAGCCCGUAAAAAUGGCAUCUGUGGGAAUCAGUAUCCCUCCUCAAGAUCACAAUCAUGUGACUUCACCAGUGGCGACAAGCAAGCCAGCUUUCAAUGGUCAUGAUGGUGGACGUCGUUUUGAGGCUUUUGCCAGACGGAACAGCGGCCACGGGGGCCACUCCGAGAGAACCGCCUCCAACCAGCGGCUGAUGCGCAAACGCAGCUGGAGCAUGCACGGCGACUGGCGCGGCCUGAAGCGGCGCAGGAAGGGCAUCGUGCCGCCCACCAAGUUCCUGUUGGGCGGCAACAUCUGCGACCCACUCAACCUGGGCAGUCUGAACGACGAGGAGGCCAACAGGAUCGCCAACGCCAACACGCCUGUGUCGUCGCCCAUGCCGACGCCCAAGUACCGCAAGGAGCCGAUCGAGGUCAUCAUUCCUCCGGACAUCAGCGACCCGCUCGGCCUCAACGGACCGGACUCGCUGCUCUCGCCGGCCGCUCAGCGGCGCAAGAGGUGCAAGAGGCGAAGGAAGCAGCUGUCGGGUCACGGCGCCUCCGAGCCGGCCGGUCGCUCUCUCUCGGAGUCGUCUGCGGCGCGCUCGUCCUCUGACGGCGACACGACCGCCCUGCUGACCCCCGUGUCCGCGCCCGUGACCACCGGAGAGCUAAACUUCUCGGCGUGCUCCGCCGCGCCGGCGCCGGCCCCGGCCUCCGCCCCGGCCGCCGAGACUGCGGAGACGGCGCCCGUGGCCUCUGCCGCCGCCGGCGCUCCCGAUGCUGUCCCCACUGAUGCGGUGGACGCCGCUGUCAGACCGAGCAGCCUGUGUGUCUCGGUGGAGCCGGCGCCGGUGCCCAGCAGCACCGGCGCCGUGGCCAGCCCGGUGGCACGGCCGGCGCGGCCCACCACCAGCCGUCGCUCCUCGGACGAGGUGGUGUCUCCGGCGCUGCCGCAGCCCGGCGGCCGGCCGGCCCCGUUCGCUCGCGCCGGCCCCGCGCCGCCAGAGAUGCCCGUAUUCCGGCCGCGUGAUGAGGCCUUCCAGUACGGGAACUAUAAUCGGUACUACGGCUACCGUAACCCGGAACCCGGCCUGGCGGACUCUCGUCUCAGCUGGCUGAAGCGCGAGUGGUUCAGUGGUCUGGACGUGCUGGACGUGGGCUGUAACGUCGGUCACGUCACCCUGACCGUGGCCAGGGACUACCAGCCGCGCCGCUGUGUCGGCGUGGAUAUCGACAGCAGUCUCAUCAAGGCGGCUCGCCGGAACGUGAAGCACUACCAGCGAGCGGAUGGCUUUCCGGCCAGCAUGCAGUCGCUGUACGGGGAUCUGAGGCCGGCGCACAAGGCGCCCGGCACACAGUUCCCGCGCAACGUCUCCUUCCAGCACGCCAACUUUGUGCUUGAGUCCGACGCUCUCCUGGACACGGUGAAGCCAGAGUUUGACACGGUCCUCUGUCUGAGCAUCACCAAGUGGAUCCACCUCAACUUCGGGGACGCCGGCAUCCGCCGCUUCUUCCGGCGCGCCUUCUUGAGCCUGAGACCCGGCGGCCGGCUGCUGCUGGAGCCGCAGCCCUGGCCCAGCUACGUCAAAAAGAAGAAACUCACCAAGCGGAUCUGGGAGAACUAUCAUCAGAUCCGUCUUCGGCCGGAAAACUUCCCCGACCUGCUGAUCAACGAGAUCGGGUUCGAGCGCUACCAGACGGUCGGCCGGCCGCACCACAGCUCCCACGGCUUCAGCCGGCAGCUGCAGCUCUUCACUAAGGCGAAGGAGCCGCCGGCCACCUCGACAGUCACCUCGAUGGAGACGACGGAAGCUGCGCCUUCGGCAGCGACCGUUGUCAUGGACACCACGGUGACGCCGGCGGAGAAGACGCCUGCUACGGUUGCCAUGGACACGGACACGGCGUCAGCGCCGCCGUCCGCGGAGAGUGGCGCUGCAGAGGUGGUGUCCGGUCCGAGCGGCCCUUCCAGUGCGUCUGACCGCCCCGUGCCGGCGGCGGGGGACGGACAGCAGAGCUCCCCCGCUCCGGCGGCGCAGCGGCGGACUGAGAGCGCGGCGGGAGCUCAGACUGCGGCCGAGUCUCGGUGAAGCGGCGCCUCCGCCGGACGCUCUUUGGUGCUCAUCUGGCUGUACGGAAGGAGAAGUACAAAGCGCCGCGCUGCGAGUGUCGCGGGGUGGCCAGGGAGCGGGGUGAGCUGUGUGCUGGCUCUGUGUGUCUGAGAGACCGACGGGCCGUGGGGAGGGAUGCGUCGACGGUGCGUGCCGCGAUGAGUGAUGAGGUUUGUGGGGCGGAGGUCGGGCACGAGCCGCGCGGGAGACGCCGGGCCCGGUGCUGCAGACAAUGACUUAGUUGACAAAGUGUUCAACUACAGAAGGUCUGUGCAGGCGUGCGCCGAAAGCUCGGCGCAGAUAAACCUCAAGUCUAUCGCACCUUCAUGGAAGAAACGCGCUUGAAGGCAAACUGUUGGAUGCUUCGGGCCCAAGAGGCUAUGCGCCC